AUGUCAUAUUCCAACUCAACAAUCCCCACCUCCCUAAUCUUCGACACCACCCCCACAGCCCUCGAAGCCCAAACCUCCAUGUUCUCCCUUCUCGCCGCCGCGGAGUCCCUGCACCACCACCGCGCGCUCGGCAUCACGCAUCCCAUUGCGCCUGAAGACGCGGAGCGCUGCGAUGCGCAGGCGUGGCUUGUGAUUGCGUAUCUCGAAUCAUUGAGCGAAGGGGAGAGACACGAGGCUUUGAGGGCGUAUCUGCAGUGGGAGUUUCCGCAGGAUGGCUUUGGGGUUGCGUUGAGGGUUUUGUUGGAGUUGCUUGGGAAACUUGGGGGCGAGGUGGAGGAGUGGUUUGAGAUUUUUUAUUUGGUGGAGACGGGGCAUGAGGUUGAAGAGGGGUUUGAGCUGGAGGAGGGAGAAGUUGAGGAUGAGGUUGCGGGGGCAGUAUUGCCGAUUGAGUGGGGACCCAUGGGAGAGGAGAAGAGGGAGGUGGAGGUGGGAGAGACGAUGUGGAGAGGACCUGAGAAUGAGAUGGAAGAGAUGAUGUGGAGGGAGGCUGGGAAUGUUUGA